ACUGCUCUCUCAAGGCCCUCUUGUCGCUUCUCAGUGUCCUCACAUAAUAGCAGAAUUACGAAUACACAUAGAAGAUCAUGGCCAUCAAUGGAGAGCCGCUCGUCGAAGAUAGCUCUCAAGGCGUUUCGAGGACGGUAGCUUUUCUUCCUCUUGGAUGUACCGAUGGCUUGGCCAAUCCAGAGAGUUUUACGAGGCAUCUACAAGAAGCCGUACGUUCCACAAGCGAUGCAUUGGCUGUAAUAUUCUAUUGGCCUUCGCGGAAAGUCAACCCCAUCAGCGAUCUCUCACCAGUAACCCGGCAGGCGGACUGGGAUGUUCUGCAGCGCUUUUUGGGGGUCAUGUAUGGCUGCGCAGGCCGCGAGGCUGCGGUUCUGGACCGACCGUUACUGGAAGUCCUUGUACUCAUAGACGGUCUGAUGGAUGAGACUUGCUUGCGAGGCAAAGUCAGCAAAAUCAUCCUGCUCAAUGAAGUCGGCCUUAAUGACGUCGCACGCUUUCUUGAGACCAGUCCCGAGCCUCAAAUGGUCACUCGUUUCAGUAAAAAUCUACGUCAAGCUGGAGACGACAGUGUUUCCCCGAGCCAUCCGAUCACUGCAGCACAAGAGAAGCAGGAUCAUCGACACGACGUUACAGCUCUUGGUGGAACGUUCGACCACUUGCACGGCGGGCACAAGAUCUUGCUGACCAUGGCGGUAGCGAUUACAAAGCGGCGAUUGGUGAUCGGAUUGACCACCGAUGUUAUGCUCAAAACCAAAUCGCACGCCGAGCUGUUAGAGCCCUUCGAAACCCGUACUCAACACUUACAAACGUUUCUCAGGCACCUGAGUACGGAUAUUGAGUACGAUAUCAUAGCUUUACGGGAUACAUAUGGUCCCACCGCCACGGACGAGCUGAUCUCGGCGCUGAUCGUGAGCCGGGAGAGUGCUGCCGGGGGUCUAGCGAUCGAUCAAGUACGCGAAACGAACGGCUUGACUAGAUUGCGCACAUACGUAAUCGAUGUGAUAUCUGGCAACCACGCUGAAGGAGCUCAAGCUCGGGAGUACAUACAUCCGACAGUGGUUGGCAAGUCGGAAAGACGGCUCCGAUUCGGCCGGAUCACAUGGACAUGGUAAUCUCACUCGCAAAGGCACUGAACCUGCAUGGCAGCGCAAGAAACAGAAAACGACGGAAGUAGCGACAGCUGGCAAGCUCACUGAGCUGGCGCCGAUGCGUACAGCCUACGAAGCGACGAGCCAAAGACUGAGAUGGACAUACAGCUACGAGGAGCUGGAGACUGUGCGCCAGGAACUGAGCGAUCGGGCCGUCGAACAAUGCCGCAGAA